UGGAGGGGACUAAAGAGACAUGAAGUUUUUGAACAGUGAACCUCAUUUUAUUGCUCAAGAUUGAAUGUUUAUCUGAGGUUUUAACUUCUUGAUGAGUUUCUUUUACAAUGAAGCUUGUGUAUCUGCUGAUUUUGGCUCUGACAGAAAGAGUCCUGAUGAAAACUACCUGUCCAUCUGGAUACAUUAUAGAGGGAAGACAGUGUAUAGAUGAAGAUGAGUGUAAAUAUGAUGAAGAGCCAAUCUGUGGAGAUAAUGCAGACUGCUACAACACAAAUGGUAGCUACUACUGUCACUGUCAAAAAGGAUUUAAUCCACCUGAAAACUUUACACGGCUCUCUCCAAAGAUAUGCGAGGACAUCAAUGAAUGUAUAGAGUACAGCAUUGAUUGUGGUCCUAAUGCAAUCUGUCAAAAUUAUGGAGGAAAUUAUACAUGCACAUGUAAUUAUGGCUACAUUGCCAACAAUAAUGCAGAGACAUUUAUGGACAGACAAGGAGUUCAGUGUAUUGACAUAAAUGAGUGUGAAGUUUCUGGUUUAUGUGGUAUGAAUGCGAGAUGUCAUAACACCCCGGGCAGUUACCACUGCACAUGUGCUCCAGGCUUCAGACUGAGAUCAGGACAAACUAACUUCACUGAUCCCAGUACAGACAGCUGUGAAACUGAUAUAUGUAACACUGAUAAAUCUAUCUGUGGAGAAGGAUCCUGCAAAAACGGCAAAGAAGGCCAUGAAUGUGAAUGCAAGUCAGGAUUUACCAACUAUGGACACAAACAAAUGAAAUGCACAGACAGAAAUGAGUGUGAAGUAGAUUCUGGUUUAUGUGGUAUGAAUGCGAGAUGUCAUAACACCCCGGGCAGUUACUACUGCACAUGUGCUCCAGGCUUCAGACUGAGAUCAGGACAAACUAACUUCACUGAUCCCAGUACAGACAGCUGUGAAACUGACAUAUGUAACACUGAUAAAUCUAUCUGUGGAGAAGGAGUCUGUAAAAACAGCAAAGAUGGCCAUGAAUGUGAAUGCAAGUCAGGAUUCACCAACUAUGGACACAAACAAAUGAAAUGCACAGACAUAAAUGAGUGUGAAGUUUCUGGUUUAUGUGGUAUGAAUGCGAGAUGUCAUAACACCCCGGGCAGUUACUACUGCACAUGUGCUCCAGGCUUCAGACUGAGAUCAGGACAAACUAACUUCACUGAUCCCAGUACAGACAGCUGUGAAACUGACAUAUGUUACACUGAUAAAUCUAUCUGUGGAGAAGGAUCCUGCAAAAACGGCAAAGAAGGCCAUGAAUGUGAAUGCAAGUCAGGAUUUACCAACUAUGGACACAAACAAAUGAAAUGCACAGUUGAAGGUAAAUGUAACAGUGACAAGUCCAUCUGUGAAAGAAAAUUCUGCACAAACAGCAAAGCUGCAGUGGUCAAGAUGACUCACAGUACCAAGAUCAGCGCUGUGUUAUCAGUUUUAGCGCUUAUUAUGUGGGAAUAACAUUCAUUGGCCCUUCGUAAUCAAACAUUUCAGUGUGUCGUGUAAUAAACAAGAAUUAUAUCCCAGAUCAUGAAGUUUGUAAAGGAGAGGUGUACUAUUAGUUUUCAAUUAGAUUUGAUUAAGUAUUUUACAAGUCCUACAGAGUUUUUUAAUCAUUAUGUUUGGUUAAAUGUUUCAGUUCAGUUCUUUGAUGAUUCUUCUUUCUAAAAUCAUUUAAUCAUUAAUCUACAUCACAUAGUAAUACCACAUUAAAGA